CCACAGAGCCUCCUCAACAAGCCCAGGAGUGAGAUGACAGCAGGGGAGCUGCAGAAGCAGGAGGAGGAGUUUGACACAUGCCCACUCUCUGCGCUCACACAGUCGGUGAAAAACAACACCCAGGUGCUCAUCAACUGUGGCAACAUCAUGAAGCUCCUGUGCUGUGUGAAGGCUUUUCACAGGCACUGCAACAUGGUGCUAGAGAAUGUGAAGGGGAUGUGGACCGAAGUCCCCAAAAAUGGCAAAGGCAAGAAGAAAUCCAAGCCAGUCAACAAGGGCCGCUACAUCUCCAAGAUGUUCCUGAGAGGGCGUUGGUCAUCAUGGUCCUGUGGAACCGCUCAUCGCUGGCAAGUAGGGGCUUCUUCCCUGCCAGCCAGACUCACUCCCUCAUCCUGCAAAGACUUGACCUUUGACAUGACAACAAUUAAAGUCCUGUGGGGUUUUUUCCCAUAA